ACCCCAAUCCCUGGCACAGGCAGGAUGGCAUCGCCCAUCUCACAGAAGCUGGAGGAGAAGCUGGUGUGCUCCAUCUGCCUGGAACUAUUCAGGGUGCCUGUGACCUUGCCCUGCGGGCACAACUUCUGCAAGUGCUGCAUCAGUGACCACUGGCAAAAGCAAGAGAGGGUGCCCGCUGGGGCCGAGAAGGGCUACACGUGCCCCGAUUGCCGCAGGACCUUCGAGCGACACCCAGAACUGGAGAAGAAUGUCACCCUGUGCAGCGUGGUGGAGGUGGCACAGGAUGGCGAGGCACGGGUCUCGGGCGCAGAGAGGUGCGAGGUGGCCCGUGGUGAGCUGUGCCCGCAGCACGGGCGCCCGCUGGAGCUGUACUGCGAGGAUGAGCGGCGGUGCAUCUGCUGCGUCUGCACCGUCCGGCAGUGCCACCAGCACCAGCGGGUGCUCUUCGAGGAGGAGCGCUCUAAAAAGCAGGCCCUUUUGAAAGAGUCCCUGGAAAAAGCUGAGGAGGAAUCGGAGAGGAUUGAGCAGGCAAUGCAGGAGCUGGAUGACCGAACACGCAGCAUCAAGGACUCCUCUGAGGGGCUCAAAUCAGUGAUUCUGAGCAAAUUCACCUACCUGAGGAAAGCCCUGGAGGAUUUCCAGUGUUGGACGGUGGCCAGGAUUGAGCAAGAGCAGGCGGCGGCACUGGGGCGCGUGGGGGAGGACUGGAGCUUCCUGAAGGACCACCUGGACGUCCUCAACCAGUACAGGGAGAGGGCUCAGCGCCUGCUGGCCUGCCCUGACAACAGGACCUUCCUCCAGGAGUUUCCUCUGCUCCCAUCUCCGGAGAGCCCAGAGGCACUGGUCCCCAUGGAGUUUGAUGUGGCCACCAAGGUCGAGCCCCUCGUUGAGAUCCUUACUAACAUCUCCAGGCUCCUGCCCAGCUCUGUGGCCCCAAAAGCCCCGGAUCCCGUUGACCAAGGACCGGUGGAUCCCCAGGAACCGGCGAUGAAGGUGGUGGCUCCUCUCCCCGAGUGCCAGCUCCGAGCUGAGCUUCUGAAGGACCACCGCAACCUGACUUUCGAUCCCAAGACAGCCAACAAGUACCUGGAGCUGUCAAAAGGUAACCAGAAGGCCAAGCACAGCCCCAGCGCCGUCUGCGGGCAGCAGGAGCAGGGAUCUCGCUUCAAGCCCUGGCAGGUUCUGUGCACGCAGGGCUACAGCCAUGGCCACCACUACUGGGAGGUGAAGAUCUCCAGCCACUCCGUCAUCCUGGGGGUGACCUACCACGGUCUCCCCCGAGAGCAGCAGCAGGGCCACAAGUUCAAUAUCGGGCUGGACGGGGGCUCGUGGGGGCUGCAGGUGCGGGAGGAUUGCUACCUGGCCUGGCACAAGGGCCGGGCGGAGAAAAUUCAGGAGCAGCUGUAUAAGAACCUGGGGGUCAGCCUGGAUUACAGCAAGGGGGUCCUCUCCUUCUACGGCCUCGGGGAGAGGAUGCAGCUCAUCUACUCCUUCCACAAUGUCUUCACCCAGCCCCUCUAUCCUGUCUUUUGGCUGUGCGAGGGGCGAGCGGUGACGCUGGGCCAGAGGGACUAAGAUGGAGCUGCCGCGCUGCUCCAUUAGCUGGGCUGGCAAGCCCCAGGCUGGUGCCGUAGCUGAGCCGCAGCCAGCAGCUGUCAUGGUGCGAGUGCAACCCCAAUGCCGAGGCAGGAGUAGGGUGCGGUGUUUUAAUGAGAGCUGAUGAGGACAGACAUGCAAAUUAACCCACUCGAAUUUGCAUAUGCAAAUAUCACCCUGGUGACAAAAGUUAGGGUAGGGAGAGGAUGCAGGGCUAAGGGCUGUGCCCUCGCGGUGGGGAUGAAGCCCCCGGUCACUGUGCAUGGGGGCAUGUGUGGGUGCCUGUCGCUGCAGAUGAGGCAAGGGUUGGGGGAUAGGGAGGGUGCAAGAAUGAGGUUUUUCCUCUUUCUCCCAUCCUGGCCUGGGGGAGAUUUGGGGAGAGGGGUACUCUGGAGGGGGUUGCUGCAGCCACGGAGUGCCGUGGAGCAAUGCGGCGGGAGCC